ACAGCAAGUACUCUUAAUAUAACAGAUAUUUGUGAAUACUUUCAGCAUGUCUGUUAUUUUAGAAAUCGCUGGAUUUCUAUUCUGUAUUAGUGGAUGGAUAAUGGUUGGAGCAGUUUUGUCAAAUAGCUACUGGAAAGUAUCUUCUAAUCUUGGGAGUGUGAUUACAUCCUCCACCAUAUAUGAAAACCUGUGGCGCAGCUGUGCGGAAGACAGUACUGGUGUCUCCAAUUGCAGAGAGUUUGACACACUUCUAGCACUUCCUGCUUAUAUCCAAGCAUGCCGAGCCCUGAUGGUCAUUUCCCUUAUCUUGGGUCUGUUUGGUGUUCUGGUGACAGUGUUUGGUUUAGAGUGCACUCAACUUGGGCACAGUAAUAAAUAUACAAAGGCGAAGAUUGCCACAACAGGAGGAAUGCUCUUCAUUUUAUCAGGUCUCUCAUCAAUGGUGGCUGUUUCUUGGUAUGCAUCAAUGAUCACAGCUCAGUUUUUUGAUUCACUGUAUGCUGGAACAAAAUAUGAACUGGGACAUGCACUGUACAUAGGCUGGGCUGGCUCUCUGAUUUCUAUACUUGGUGGGAUCCUCGUGACAUGCUCAUGCAAAGGAAUAAAAAAACAGAAUCACAGAAACUUCAAUUAUGGUUCUGCUACUACCCAGAAAGCUAAUGAACAAUUAAUUUACAACAAAGCAUUGGAGACAGUAACAUCCGUCAAAGAUUAUGUUUAGAAUUUUUAUGUUUUCUAAAUGUUUCAUGUUGGGCACAGAGUUUUCGUAUUGGUACUGAAUGUUGUAUCUGUAUACAGAAUUUCCUUCUGGGGACUUUUUAUCAUCCAGUUUCCUAGGAACUGGCUGUAUGAGAACACAUUUAAGGAAAAAUGAGGUCAUGCUAUAGAUCCCCAAAUGCAAAGAGUUUGCUGAGAUAAAUGUUUUGCAUCUUAUUGUACAGCACCAGUAGAAUUUAUAAUUAUUUCUGGAAUAAAACUGCUUUUAACUAUGGGUUAAUAAGCACAGACUAUAAAGGCAAGAUAUUCAAAUGAAGCAAACGAAGAGCUGUAGCCAAGAAAGUAAAAGAGCAAUCCUAAACAGAGUUACAUUCUUCUAAGUCCAAUGAAUCACUGGACUGUUUAGGAUUGCACUGUACAUUGCUUGAUCUCUCUGAUGAGUUUGUGGCAGACAUGACAUUUUAACCAGGGACUUUCUAGUUCAAAGCUCUGAGUAACUGUGCUGCCUGACUCAAUGGCUUAUAAGGCAUUUUGUGCAAAAUCUUUGUUACAUGUUAUUAUGCUUCUGUCUGCUUGCUUAUUAAUUUAUACUGCAGAGUCAGAUUCUUAAAUAUGCAUGCAUACAGAUACAUAUAUGAAUGCAUACCAUGUUGGAAUUUUACAGUUUCAUCACAAUGCUUUUUUACACACAUUCAUUUUUUCACUACUUAACAUUUAGGCCCAUAAAUUAUAUGUUAAACAUAAAUUUAUAUAAGGAUGUCCUACUAUCUAUCUUUUUAAUGAAAAGCAGCUCUAGGACUGUAAUUGUGUGGAAACAAUUGGGAGGGGAGAGAAUUUUAAGCAGAAAAACUGCCAGGAGGAGAAGACUUAAUAAGAUAUUGCCCAGGCCCUAGGAUGAAAAGAGGCUUUUCAAAGAUGUGAGUGCUAAAGGAAGGGCAGCCACCCAAACCCAUGUUUACAUAAUCAUCUGAGUCCAGAGAAAAGCAAUGCAGUCAGAGGAAUAAUUUUUUCAUGAGUUUAUUACAAAUAGAUUAUUGUUUUGGACAAUAUUAACUCUUCCUUUUAUAUUCCAGCAAAUACAGUUUUCACACCACCUUAGGAGGUUCUGCAUUCUGCAGUUCUUCACUAUCUAUAUAUUUAGAACAUGCUGUUAUAUUACAUGAUUCACCUGAGGGAGAUAGAUAUAGGCUGAUUGUCAUGACAAUAUCUAUGCAUGUUUGUAAUAUAUUCAGAAUGUAUAAUGUUGUCAGUGAAAUAAAAUAUACACAGCCGUGUUUCAUUAGAA